GGUGCAACCAGUCAGUGUCCAUUCAUGAAUUUCACCGCUUUGAGCAUCGAGUAGCGUGUCACAGUUGAAGCUGCGAAACUCAGCUGUCCUCAAAUUCAUGCCACUUGCGCGCUGUACCAUACAUUCAAGGGAGCCACGUCACAAAAGGACCGUUCAUCGCUAGUUACUAAAGCGGCAUGACGUCACCAUCAGCGCAGAGUGCAGACAUCAGUAUCAUAACUCGUCCCUACAUAUCGCACCUUCAGAACCUGUGCGUAGCCUCCAAGCCGAGUAUUCGUGAUGUCACCUCCAUCUUCGAAGAAUUCCAUCGUUCUUUGGAUGCCAGAAAGCCCAACCCUAGCCAAAAACCAUCCUCUUUGUCUUCUACUUCCUCCAGUGCUUCCAAAAAACGGCGUGGCAAGACUGUGGCACGGGCGAAGGCUGGGAGUGACGAUGCGGAUGGCCACAGCGGUGGAAGCUUGCACAGUGAUGUCUGUUUCGAACGACCCUGCACGUGGCAGCCCAACGAGAAGCCCUGCUGGAUCUUGUCCGAUGUGGAGCUGUGGAACGGCAUUCUCGCCGAGAGCUGCAUCGAAUUGUCGGAGUACAUGUGGGGUGAGCUCGUGCUUGAGGGCUACGAGUGGCCCGAAAAGAAGCCGGCUGAUGCAAGACGUGCUUCGUGCUUCUCUACUAAUCCACGUGCUGCUGAAACAGCACAGGUGCGUUACAGAAGUAAGCUUGGACCAUUAUAUUACGGUAGUCGAGAAAUAUGUGCUGUUGGACGCCCUCAAGACUGGUGCCGAAGGAGUUAAGCGAUUGGUUUACAAGCAAGCUGCCAUCGACAUCAUUUGUCAGAUCCCUUUGACCUCGGCAACAGUUUGUAGCGAGGCAAUCGCAAGCAUGACGAACGUCACCUACCUCAAUCUUUCGAACAUGUGGUUUAGCGAAGAAGAUGCACGCAUGAUUGGUGGCUACGUAGAGAAGACAACUUCGCUCACUUUCCUGGAUUUAGAGCAAAUUGAGGCUGAUGAUAAAGGUGCAGGCAUAUUCCUGGACCACUUGUCUCGCAACCGGAGCCUGAAGACACUGCACAUGCAAGAACACUUCCUGCUCGAGCGGAAAGGCAGGGCUCUUGCGGAUGCCAUCCGAAACCAUGCCACUUUGGAGGAACUUAAAGUGAAAGGAUCUAAAGAUGAAAGCCCAUCUGCCCUGCUGAUAGCAGCAGCUCAGAGUCGGUCAUUACGGUCGCUUAUAUUGCUGGAAUCUUUUAUUGAUGCGGCUCACAUCAAAGUCAUGGCUUCCGCACUGACGAUACCCAGUCUACCAGCCGAAUUUGAGGCACUGACGGUUCGACCUCCGCCAAUGAGUCGACUCCAAAAGCUCUCCUUGAGCAGUUGUAAGCCCUUUCACUCGGAUAUGGAGGCAGCAUACGCCAAGCUAAUUGGAGGAGCCUUGGUAGAGCUGACACUUUCCGACUGCGGCUUGGGUGAAGUGUUCGCGUCGCAUGCCUCGGAGAGACUGCUCCACGACAGGCGGCUGAAUUUACUCAACGUGGAGACUAACCUUUUCUCCGUCAACUCGCUACAGAGCAUGAUAAAAUCUCUAGAGACAAACAAGACGCUGAAGACGCUGGUGGUGAGCCUCACAACCGCACACUCAGAAGAAGAUAUUUCUCCCCUCUUCGAAACAAUGCGUCAGGUCAACGCAUUUUCUCGCAUGUGGCUUCAUUGGAAGAAUCCUUGGCCGUCGGACUUGGCAAAUAGCCUCCUUACGGCCCGUACGUUGUCAGUUUCCAUAAAACUUGACGACUACAAAGAAGUGGACGCGGCAGUGACAUUGGGUGCAAUCGCCAGGCAUCGCAGCUUCGAUGCCGCUGAGAUCGAAUGCAGUAAGAAAGUGGAGCCAGCCGUUCUUCACAUACUGGCGGACGCUCUCGCAAGGACAAAAUCUCUUCAGCAUUUGGUGCUGAAUUUGUCCGGCUUACCGGAUGCCGACGUGGUCAACCUGUUUCGCGCCCUCGAAAGUAACCGGACAGUCUUCACGAUGGUCUUAAAUGCGAUCACCUUUAGCAAAAGAAACGCCAAGGCAUUCGGGCGAUUGGUCGAAUGCAACCGAUCACUCGUUUAUAUCCACGUCAAUCUUCAACGCAGCGAUCCCAACGUCGACCGUAUGGUUCAGUUUCACAAUAUUUGCCGGGAAGUUAAGGAGGCUCUUCGUCGGAACCGGUUUAUUCUCAACGUAAGCGCAAGGACGGGGUAUUCUAAUCCUUCCAAUGACCCUGCAAUCAAGGCUGCUAUCAGGCAAAACUCGGUGCUCAUUAGCCAAAGUCUGCGGUUCGUUACUGGGUCCAUGGAGAAGACGGACGCCAUGGCCUUCGAGACCUUGCAGCACUGUCAAUCGUUGGUAGUAAGGCUGCACACCUAUACCGACGCUUCCAUCUAGUCAGCUAGGUUGAUGGUCUCCGAAGCACGCGAUAAGCUCACUUUGAACUACUUCAUCCUCGCGGGCAUCGUCAAAGCCAAGAUUGUGUGCCAGCAAAGUCACAAAUCACAGAAGAAAAUUACUAUGCUCGACAAUAUCGGACGUGCCAUGCAGGCGCGCAUCUGUUCCUACCUCAGCUUGACCGAUGUCGUGGACAUCUGAGGGGCCACUGUUUUUUUUCUUUGGUCUCUCAACACUCUAUCUACUGACAAAGGCGUCAUGCUGCGUCAGCCUUCAUAUGAACUUGAAGCACGUAAAAAGAACUAUCGAGCCAGUUUUAAAUAAGCUGCCUCUAAUGACAAUGAGCACUUUUUAACGGGCAACCCUCUACAUUGAGCGUUGUUUUGUAAUAGAGAAUGCUAAGAAAAUAUUGUGUGAUCAUGCUGUUGUAUAUUAUGGUCCAAGAGCAAAACCUACGCUUACGCACAUUGCAUCUUAUCAACGCAUGGGACAUUGGAGUUUCACGGAAUUUUUUUAAUCGCUUCGUUCAUUAUUUAUUUCUUUAUUUUAUCGCGUCCACAUUUAUCAUGUUUUUGGUGUGCAUGAAAAGAAAAUGAAAAAGGUUCAAUUUAUUAUUCGAAACGUUUGCACAUCAGAAGAAGAACGCGUAAUUCAUUCAUCCGCCCUUUCUUGAGAAAAAUGCUAAGAUGACGAAUUUUGUGUUUUAUUACAUUUAUAGAACUCCGCUGAAGCCGUAGUGCUAAUUGUAAAAUCGUUUGAUCUCUUUAUGUUGCAUUCGUACUUUUUUAGCCAACGCGUAACUACCAAUAUGUAUUUUUAUACUAGACCAUGGCUGAUAUUUUGUAUUAUAAUGGUUUUACAAUUGACUCAGUGUUCACAUAGUUGAGUAAUGUUGUCAUACGAUAGUUCUCGUUGGUGCCUUUAUGGUGUUGGCGUUUGCUGAAGAGACUACAGUUCUGCAAAUAUGUGCUGCGUUUUCCUAGGAUAUCAUUCUACUCUAACGGAAACGUGUACGUGCUAUAAUGCCGCUCUAGGUGUGCUUGAAGUAAACAGUUUCAAAGAAG